CGAUGCCUCAUCAGUCUGACGCACUCCCCCUUUGCCCCAAUGAAACUUCCCCCAGAAAUUCGUCCCUCCUCAAAAAACUUGUAACCAAAUCAAAUCAAACUGUUCCAUGGAAAUGUCUUCAUGGCUGGCUAGAUCCCUUGCAAACUCUCUGAGAAUCUCCGAUGACGAAGAAGAAGACGAAGAAGAUGAGGAUAACGAUGAUCAUUUAAGAAAUACAGAAUUACAAAGUAAACGAAAUAAUAGUUCUAAUUAUUAUGCCGAAGAAGAAGCAGUUGAAUCUUCAUCGGGCAGAGGUGUUAAAGAAGAUCUCGAAGAUUUAACAAAUACCCUAACUCGUCAAUUACGUGGUGUUGCGUCUUUUCUUGCUCCUCCUCCUGCUACACCUAUUUGUCAACAGCAGCAGCAGCAACGACAAGACGAAUCUUCUGUUGCUGAAUCUUCAAAUUCUGGAUGGAAUCCUUGUGAUUCAAAAACUGAUAAAACUUCUGAUCAGGAAAGUUAUGAUUCAUCCAGAGUUAAUGGAAUCAGUGGCGGUGGGGGGGAUGUAUAUGAGAAUAUUGAGAUCUCUGAUUUUUCUAUUGAUAAAGCUAUUGAUGAACUUCCUAGGGUUGAUUCACCGAGGGUUCAACAUCCUUGUGGAACAGAAGAAUCUGAAGAUAAGUAUCCGAUUGGUGGUGCUAUUGGUGUUACUGAUGAAGUUUUGAUGUUUGCUAGAAAUAUUGCUAUGCAUCCUGAAACUUGGCUGGAUUUUCCUCUUGUUGAUGAUGAAGAAUUUGACGUUUCUUUUUCAGAUUUCAAUAUGUCUGAUGCUCAGUAUGAACAUGCUUUAGCUAUUGAACGCCUUUCACCAAGAUUUGCAGCUCUAAGGAUUGAACUUUGCCCAAGACAUAUGAGUGAAGGAUGUUUUUGGAAGGUUUAUUUUGUUCUUCUACAUUCUAGACUGUGUAAACAUGAUGCUGAUCUUUUGUCAACACCCCAGAUUGUGGAAGGCAGAGCUAUGUGGAUGCGUGAGUUACAGAAGCGGACAAAGGAAGAAUCAUCAGAUCCAGAUUGGUUAAGAAAAGGCACAUCCUACAAUAGAGAGUCCACUUAUCCUCUACAAGAGAAUCAUUUUUCUGCAUCAUCUGACGAUUAUCCCGAAGUGCAACAGAAUAGGUUCAGUGACGAAGGCUUUCAUUCUGAAACAGUGGCAGAUUAUGAUUCCGUCCCAAACUGCCCGGUGUAUGGUAGUGAGACGAGAUUUGUGGAUAAGUCGGUGGUCGAAGAAGAGCCAGUUCUCCAUCACAGAAACCGGGAUUUGUUAGCUGGCGUCUCGAAAAUAUUAGACCAGAAGUAUGACGAUGGAGAUGAUUGGUUAGAAGAUAGUUCCGAAAUGGGUGAUUACAGUAGGACCACUAUCCCCCUUGGGGAAGAAGAAGAUGUAUCAUUCAGUGAUCUCGAGGAUGAGGAAAGUCUACAUAUUAUUUCAAGACCAACCACACAUUCUUCUGAUUCCAUUCUUACGAAAGACACAAGACACCCUUGAGCGUACAAAGAUUCAAACACUCUGGACUCUAUAGAAAGGAAGACGGUGUAAAGUUGUGUGUUAUACUUGGUGCGUGUUUUCCCUUGUGUGAACAGUGAAUGUCCUUGCAUCUGGCCAAGUGAUGUUUUUGUAUGAAACUCCCUGAAGAGUAGGGGUUGGAACUUGGAAGUGAAUAUUUGGUUGUGGUAAUGUAACAGAUACCUGGAAAUUACAACGGCUUAAAAAAUCAAUUUCGUCACUGAUGAUGUUGAGGAUUGCAAGAAACUUAAUAUUGAAUGGCGAAGUCUCCGCUAUUACUGGGUUUGUUGUUAA